UCAAUAGAAGAAGAAGAGAAGCACUCACUGAAAAAAAGAAAAGAAAAUAUCGCUCAACAUUAUCGAGUUGGUGCUGAACAUGGGUACAUACAGACGAAUAGAUUGUAUAUUUUUUAGUGAAUUUCAUCCAACUUUAGGACCAAAGAUCACAUAUCAGGUUCCUGAAGAAUAUAUUUCGAGGGAACUUUUUGAUACUGUGCAGGUGUACAUCAUCACCAAACCUGAACUGCAAAACAAGCUUAUAACAGUGACUGCAAUGGAGAAGAAACUAAUAGGUUGUCCAGUGUGCAUUGAGCAUAAGAAGUACAGCCGGAAUGCCUUGCUCUUCAAUUUGGGAUUAGUCUGUGAUGCCAGGACAAAAACAUGCGCUUUAGAACCUAUUGUCAAAAAACUGUCUGGCUACCUCACAACUCUGGAGCUUGAGAGUGGAUUCAUUUCAAACGAGGAGAGUAAACAGAAGCUAUUACCUAUCCUGUCCACACUUCUGGAGGAACUUAAUGUUACAGGAGCCUGCACCCUGCCUAUUGAUGACUCGAACACCAUCCACUUGAAGCUCAUUGAACAAAGGAAAGAUCCUCUGGUGGUUCAGGAGUAUGACGUGCCGGUAUUUACCAAGAAUAAGGACCACUUUAUAAAGUCACAGUGGGAUCUCACCACGCAACAGAUCUUACCUUUUGUAGAUGGGUAUCGACACAUUCAAAAGAUCUCAGCUGAGGCCGACGUUGAGCUUAAUUUGGUUCGGAUUGCUGUUCAGAAUUUAUUGUAUUAUGAAGUAGUAACUCUGGUGUCCAUAUUCCAGUACUCAAAUGUUUACUGCACAACACCUAAAGUACAAAACCUAAUAGAUAAGAAGUGCCUUCAGGAAGAGUGUAUACAUUACGUCAGUAAGCUGGGCCAAAGGACAAAUCUCAGGGACGUCUUCCAGUUGUACUGUGGUCUGACCCCAGGUACGACUGUACGUGACCUCUGUUCCCGCUAUUCUCACCAGUUACAGAGAGUUGAUGAAAGGAAGUUGAUUCAGUUUGGAUUGAUGAAAGGUUUGAUUCGACGCCUACAGAAAUAUCCAGUCAAGGUUGUGAGAGAUGAGAAGAGUCGUCCACCUAGACUUUAUACUGGCUGCCAUAGUUACGAUGAAAUCUGCUGCAAAACUGGAAUGAGUUAUAAGGAGUUGGAUGAACGCUUGGAGAAUGACCCUAACAUUGUUGUUUGCUGGAAGUAAUGAUGCAGACAGAAUUAUAUGAAAGAACUUAUAGUGCUUCUGCAGGCUCAGGCUUUUUCUUCUGUAUCUUUUAUUUAUUGUAAAACAACUGUCCUUUUAUGUAUAUCUUUGAAAGCAUUAUAGGUCAAAAUAUGAACACAAAUUUAAAAAAUAAAAAUACUGCAAUGGAUUUUUAGAUCAACAGGGUUAUCUUAAUUCAUGACUUUUAAAGUAUUUAGCAUUUACUGUAAAAUUAGGCUUACAAUUAACAAUAAAAAGAAUUUGAAACUGUUGAAAGUUUUUGCUUUUCUGAUCAUUUGUAAUCUGCAGUUGUACAAAUAUGAUGAUUCGCUUACAUCAAAUAACAUGGCGGUUUUAAGUAAAAUGAUGGGAAAAUUGGAAGAGGAAAUAUUUUAAACAGCUGUCAUUUACCUUGUCAUCCUUUAAAUCCAUUCAGUUUUUUUCCUGUAAAUAGGAAAGGUGUUUAAGAAUCGCUGAAGAAUAAAGGAAAUCAAAAAACCAA